CUCUGUGUAUCAGAUGAACUUUGCUGUAUUUAGUGAAGAAGAGCUUCAAAUUUUAAUUAAGAAGUUUUGAAAGUCUAGUGUUUCUAGCAAAAACGUUACUAAACAUAAUAUACGGAUUUAUAUACGUAUUUUAGUGUAUUAAACAUAUCCAGUUUUAGGUGCGCAACCAACAAAAUACAUGUAGUUGUAUAAAAGGUACCUCACCUGGUUGGACAACGAAGUUGUCUCCGACAAUGAUGAUGAAUCAAGAAUAAUUUUCCGCUAGUGGCGCGACCAUAGUGUCCUAGAGAGAUAGGUCGUCGUUUAGAUUUAUGUUGCAUCGACGCAAGUUUUUCGCGAGUUAUCAAUAGACUUGUAUGAGAAAGAUAUUUUAUAAAAGAAAAGAUACAUAUUAUGACAGUCACGUAAGUGUAAAAGAUUCGAUUUAUUGAAUCAUAAAAAUGUCAUCAAAGAGCAGCAGGUGUCUAAUUCCUAUCACAUCCCAGUUUUAAGAUCCGUAUAUAAGUACUUUAUUGUAGUCAAGUAAAAUAUUUUGUUCACAGUAGAUAUAUUCCCAUUUGUGUAUGUCCUAAUUAGUAGUUAACAGUUACUGUUCUAUUUUUAGAAGUAUUUUAGGUUAAAUUCGAGUGUUAUGCAGAAUGUAAGUAUAAAUGUCACAGUUAAAACUCGGUUCUGAUUGAAACGCGUUUCCAUAGUUAUAGCUAGUUUUUGCUAAGGGCCUUUGCUAAAGAUAGAUUUUACAGCUGCUUAAAGGAUAAUAUCAGUUUAAACUAGUUGUACCCAGAGAAGACGCGUUUUGUCUAGCGAAAACUAGUUUUACUCAAAAUAAUAAUGUACCAGGUUAAGUUAGCAAAGCGAAAGAUCAAACCUGAAUUGUAUCAAUUGAAGCAGUAUUAUUACUUUUAAAAUGUACAAUCAACAUCCAAAUUCCAAAAGCCACGUUUAUGCCAAACAAGAAUGAAGGCGAGGCGGCACCAGGGGAAGGCGGUGCUCCCGGCGAAGGAGCACCGGCAGAAGGCGCGCCCCCAGCAGAAGGCGCACCACCCGCAGAAGGCGCGCCCCCCGCAGAAGGGGCGGCUCCACCCGCGGAAGGCGCGGCGCCACCAGCGGAAGGCGCGGCGCCACCUGUUGAGGGCGCGCCAGCAGCGCCGCCCGCAGAAGGAGCGCCACCCGCGGAAGGAGCCCCUGCCGCUCCCCCCGCAGAAGGUGCUCCACCGGCUGCACCUGCUGAAGGUGCACCAGCCCCGGAGGCUGCUCCCGCGCCCGCUGAAGCACCUGUGCCAGCGCCAGAACCGGCUGCGGCGCCACCGGUUGAAGCUGCCGCCUAAACGAGGUGAAGAUCAUCACAAGAAGACAGAUUAUCAUCAGUCACUAUAAGACCCCGUCUGUCAGUCACUUUGUCAAUCAAUCAUCAGCCGUAUCAUGUUCAUGAUGCUUAGAUAUUUAAGUAUUUUUGUACACAUCUCUGUAACAUUUGUACAUUUUGUACCACAAAGACUAAAGUAAAAUAAUUUUUCAUAAAAUUA